AUGAUGGGUAGCCCCACUGCAACAUGGGUGAGUUGUGCUUUUCUUUUUGAAACUAGGGUCAGUGGUGAGAAGGCCGAGAAAGUGGUUAAAACCGUCAUCGCAUCGGUUGGAACCUGUGGGAUUUUUGUCCUGUGGAAGAGCAAAGAUAUAUUAGUGGAUGUCCUUCAGGAUGACUCUCAGUUCAUUCAUAUGAAGGUAGUUCAGGAGAAGAAGAGCGAGUGCUUAUUGAUUGCUCUCUAUGCGAAACCUAUGGAGAGUCUGAAAGCCUGGCUCUGGAAGCAAGUUCUUCAGAUGUGGGCAGUUUAA